AUGGCUGCCAUUAUUAUAAAUACAUACACAGUCGUGCCGGCUGAACCAACAUGGACCGGUCGAUUUCCAUUAGCCGAAUGGGAUCAAGUUGGUACAAUAACUCACGUUCCCACCAUUUACUUCUAUGACAAGCCACCUGUCUCCUUCCAAGGCAAUGUAGUCGAAACUCUACAAAACUCAUUGAGCCAUGCGCUUUUCCAUUUCUACCCUUUGGCCGGCCGUCUUCGUUGGCUCCCUCGGGGCCGCCUAGAGCUCGAUUGUAAUGCUGCGGGAGUGACACUCAUUGAAGCUGAAUCCGAGGCUGAGCUUUCAGAUUUCAACAAUUUCUUGGGGACGAAGGAAUUCGAGAAACUUGUGCCGCAAGUAAAUUACAAAACCGCUAUCGAAACAAUCCCUCUCUUUUUAGCUCAGGUCACCAAGUUCAAAUGCGGCCGAAUAAGCCUAAGUGUCAAAGUUUCACAUGCGGUGGUCGAUGGACAAAGUGCACUUCACUUCCUGUCCGAAUGGGGAAGAAUCGCACGCGGUGAACCUCUAGAAACCGUGCCAUUUCUCGACCGCAAAGUCCUAUGGGCUGGUGGACCGCUUCCGCCGUUUGCCUCAUCACCUCUGUACGAAGGUAAAGAGUUUGAAGAGCCGCCGUUACUGAUCGGUGAAACGGACUGUGUAGAAGAAAGAAAGAAGGAAACAGUUGUGGCGAUGCUAAAGCUGAGCAAAUCUCAGCUUGAGAGGCUUAGAAGUAGAGCGAAUAGAAGCCAAUACGCUGAUCCAGCGAGAGGGUUUACAAGGUACGAGACGGUCACGGGACACGUAUGGAGGUGCGCUUGCAAAGCACGUGGGCACUCGCCAGAGCAGCCCACGGGUUUGGUAAUCUGUGUUGAUGCUCGUAAUCGGGUGCAGCCACCUCUGCCAGCUGGCUAUUUUGGCAAUGCCACUCUUGAUGUGGUCGCAGCAAGCACCUCAGGUGAAUUGAUAUCGAAUGAGUUGGGUUUCGCGGCGGGAAAAAUCAGUAAAGCUAUAAAGAAUGUGACAAACGAUUACGUUAUGACUGCGGUAGAGUAUCUAAAGAGCCACGAGAAUCUGAAGGAGUUUCAAGAUAUUCAUACCCUGGGAAGCAAGGAUGGUCCAUUCUACGGGAACCCUAAUCUUGGACUUGUGAGCUGGUUAACUCUGCCAAUGUAUGGUCUUAAUUUCGGAUGGGGCCAGGAGGUCUACAUGGGACCAGGCACGAAUGACCUCGAUGGGAACUCCCUGUUAUUGGCAGAUAAAAAUGAAGACGGCUCUCUCAUUCUUGCCACUUGUCAACAGAUGGCUCACAUGGAGGCCUUUAAGAAACACUUUUAUGAAGAUAUAUAG